AUGCCGCGUCCCAACCAGCACGGCCACAAGCGCCUGUUUGCUCUCAUCGCUCUUCUGCCCUUCUGGCUCAGCUUUGCCAGCCUCGCAACCGCCCCCGUCGCCAAUGCCGCUCUCCUGAACACCGGCGCUCCUCGUCCCCAGGAUCCAGCCCGCAAGUCGCUCGCCUGGGGUCCUGAGCACGCCCACAAGGUGUUUGCCGACGUCGAGUCGGCCACCGACGUGCCCGCCGUCCGCCGUAGCCUCGACUCGGCUCGCAAGCACGCCUACGCGGCCGCCAUCCACUACGUCAACGCCGAGCCCGGCCCCAAGAACGCCUACUCGGUCGCCACCCGCCUGGCAAAGCAUCUGCUCGGCUACGCCCAGGGUCUCGCCCCCGCCGGCCACGACUUCUACGUGCGCCCCGACUCGUACACCGACGCCUCGAGCGGCAUCUCGCACUACUACAUCCGCCAGCUCGUCAACGGCCUCGAGGUCGCCGACGGCGAUCUCAACAUCAACAUUGCUCCCGACGGCAAGAUCCUCUCCUUUGGCUCCUCGCUCUACGCCGGUCAGGCUCCUCCGCCUUUCACCAACCAGGGCGUCGCACAGUCCGAAGACGCCGUCUCCGAGCACGAGCUCUCGCUGCGUUGCGACAAGCUCCGCGCCGAGCUCGACUCGCUCCUCUUUGUAGCCCAGCCCUCGCCCGCCGAGUACACCGAGGAUGUAGCCGCCAACCCGGACUGGUCCAACAAGAACGAGGCCUUUGUUCGAGGCGGCGUCCACCAGUUUGUCUUUGACGGCCUCGCCAACGCCGCUCCCGAUCACGCGCCCAAGCGCGCCAAGGUGGACCCGCAGCGCGUGCUGCCGCUCCAGGAGGAGCUCCACGAGGUGUGCGGCGUGCCCACCGACGACCCGCUCCUCCAGGGCGCCGACCUCUCAUCGCGCCUCUCGGGCUCGCUCUCGCACCUCAACGCAAAGCGCAGCCUCCAUGGGCCCGACGCCAUCAUCGAUCCACGUCUGGCGCUCGUCUACUUCCUCCGCCAGGCCACGCCCGAUGAGGGCCUGGCGGCUCGCCUCUCGGACCCGCAUGCUGCCGAGGCCGAGGCGGCGCAAAUUGUGACCACCUUUGAGCACAAGCUGCAGCCGCACGCCGGCAAGACCGAUUCGGGCGCGCAGGCCACGCACACCCAGAUCGAGUAUCUGCACAAUGUGCCCACCGCCAAGGGCCCUGUGCCCGCCCAGCUCGCCUAUGUGCAGACCGAGGACGAAGGCCUCAACCUCGUGUGGAAGUUCCAGAUCCCGCUCGAGGACAAUGCCUACGAGGCCUAUGCCGACGCGCACCGCCCCGGCAGCAUCAGCUCCGUGGUGGACUGGGUGCACAGCAUGCCUCGCAAGCGUGUGCCCGCUGAUGAAGACGUGCCCAAGCUUGGCCGUCCCGAGUUUGGUCGCGCCAGGGUGCCCGAGCUGGGUCGUCCCGACUUUUCGCGCUACACGCCUUCCAAGCCUUCCAAGAAGGCCAAGGCGGCCAAGGAAGCCAAGCCGAUGAGCCACGAGCCGGUGUACCGCGUGUUCAAGUGGGGACUCAACGACCCCACCGAGGGCAAGCGCUCCAACGAGAAGGGCGAGCGAUACGAGGAGGCGUCGCCCGCGGGCUGGCACGCGGUGCCGGGCAAGCACUCGCCGUUUUCGUCGCUGGGCGUGGACGAUGCGGUGUCUGUGGACGGCAACACCACCGUCUACGCCGACACGCGCGGCAACAAUGUGUUUGCGCAGGCAGACCCGACAGGCAACGGCGAGUGGAAGUCGAGCCUGAUCAAACGCCCUCGCGGUCGCGAGAGCGCGGACAAGAGCACGGACAUGGAAUUCAACUAUCCGUACAAGUGGCGCAAGUCGGAGAAGAAGCACUCGGAGCUUCCUCCUGCCGACUAUGUGGCUGCGGCGACGGUGCAGCUGUUUGUGACGAUCAACGAGUACCACGAUCUGCUGUACGCCUACGGCUUUGACGAGGCGUCGGGCAACUUCCAGGAGCACAACUUUGGGCGCGGCGGCGAGGGAUACGACGGCGUCAUUGCCUUUGCCCAGGACGGCGCUGGCACGGACAACGCCGACUUUAUGACGCCUCCCGAUGGCCAGCGCGGACGCAUGCGCAUGUACGUGUGGGACCAGUCGACGCCGUUCCGCGACGGCGACUUUGAGGCGGGCAUCGUGAUCCACGAGUACAGCCACGGCCUGUCUACGCGUCUGACGGGUGGACCUGCCAACAGCGGCUGCCUGGGCUGGGGCGAGUCCGGCGGCAUGGGCGAGGGAUGGGGUGACGCGCUUGCGUCGAUCAUCCGCCGCACGGGAGCGGCGCCUCACGACUGGCCGAUGGGCUCGUGGGCGUCGAACCGCGCCAAGGGCAUCCGAAACUACCCGUACUCGACCAACAAGACGAUCAACCCGGAGACGUACUCGUACCUGGACCACGCCGGCUACUGGGGCGUGCACGCGAUCGGCGAGGUGUGGGCGACCAUGCUCAACGAGGUGGAGGAGGCGCUGGUGCUGGAGCACGGCUUUGCCACGCACCUCUUCCCUCCUGCCAAGAAUGCGAGUGCGUCGGAGCAGGCGGCGUUCUUCCUCGACGAAGACGAGCUGGCGUCGUUGGGCAAGUCGCGCGUGAGCAAGCGCCGCGUUCCCCGCCACGGCAACACGCUGCUGGUGCAGCUGAUCCUGGACGGGAUGAAGCUGCAGCCGUGCCGACCGAGCUUCUUUGAUGCUCGCGAUGCGAUUGUGCAGGCGGACAAGCACCUGACGGGUGGCCAGAACCGCUGCGUGCUGUGGAAGGCGUUUGCCAAGCGUGGCCUGGGCACGGAUGCGAGCGUGAUCGGCCGCACGCCCUGGGGCGGUGGAAAGCGCACCGACGGCUACAGCGUCCCGCACGACUGCCAGUCCAAGUCGGAGUGA